AAUUUCGUGGAGAGUGAUCGUGUGGAAUUCUGCCCUCGAAUCGAAAGACUCCUCUGUAAGGAAAGGGGCAAUAGGUGGACUGAAUAUAUUUUCAAAACGUCUGGAUCACUGAAAUAAACCAAGUAAUUUUCAUCGAAAAGGGCAUCACAAUGGCACCUCAACCAGAAAACGCAAUUGAAAUGAAAGCAGUUAAGACGGAAGACAUACAGAUUGAGCCCGCUAGGGAUUCUUGGGGUCAUAAAGCAGAGUUCUUGCUCGCAUCCAUCGGCUUGGCAGUUGGCCUCGGUAACGUGUGGAGAUUUCCUUACCUGUGCCAGAAAAAUGGUGGAGGAGCUUUCCUGAUCCCCUAUGUCAUUUUUAUGGUAAUUGAAGGCAUUCCAUUGUUUAUGAUUGAAUUUGCAAUUGGCCAAAGAUUAAGGAAAACUGCACUUCUGGCCUGGAAGGAGAUUCACCCAGCUUUUUUUGGCAUUGGAUUAUCUUGUCUUGCUGUGUCGUUCAUGCUCUGUAUAUACUACGUCAUUGUGCUGAGUUGGUGUGUUUAUUACUUUUUCAUGUCGUUUCAAAAAAGUCUUCCUUGGGACAAGAAAAACUGUGUGAAUUACAAACCAUACCAAAGUCUGAAAAACCAAAUAAGUGUAUUAGAAAAAAUGAACAAAUCAUUGCCAGAUGUAUCCCAGAAUCUUACAAGCUUAAAAUUAAUGCUGAACAGUUUUCCUGACUGUUGUGUUAAAGAUGCACCAAUGUGGUAUUUUUAUCAUCGAACAUUACAAGUUUCAUCUAAUAUAGAAGAUGCCGGUGUUGGCUUAAAUUCUAAGCUGGUAGUGUGCUUAGUGGUAGCAUGGGUUGUCACCUAUUUGUGUGUUGUCAAAGGAAUCCAGUCAAGUGGAAAGGUUGUGUACUUUACUGCAGUAUUUCCGUACGUUGUUCUGAUAAUAUUCUUCUUCAGAGGAGUGUCGCUAGAGGGUGCUGGCAAUGGGAUUCGCAAAUUUUUUGAGCCAGAUUUCAGUUUGUUGAAAGAUCCUCAGAUUUGGAUGGAUGCUGCGACUCAAAUGUUUUUCACCCUCAGCCUUGGAUUUGGUGCUUUAAUUGCCUUUGCAAGUUAUAUGCCUGAGAGAAACAAUUGCAUCAGGGAUGCCUACACUGUUGUUUUCAUCAACUGUGGUACUUCACUAUUUGCAGGCAUUGUGGUAUUCUCCAUUCUUGGUUACAGGGAACACAAAACAGGAAUAGAUGCUCGCAAGCUUGGGUCAGGGCCUGGACUUGCAUUCAUGACAUUUUCAGAUGCUCUUCUGCUCAUGGAUGGUUCCCCAUUCUGGUCUGCUCUCUUCUUCAUUAUGUUGAUUUUACUUGGCAUCGAUUCUGAGUUUGGCACUCUAGAAGCAGCUAUCUCUCCUAUAUACGAAUUAGGAUGGGUGAAGAUGAGCAAACCUCUAUUCACAGGCAUCUGUGCAUUUGUGAUGUUCCUUAUUGGUCUUUGUAUGGUUUCUGGACCCGGUUUCUAUAUUUUCCAAAUAUUUGAUGACUUUUCUGUGACAUUGCCACUGUUGUUUAUUGCUUUUUUCCAAGUCACUGCUGUCUCUUGGGUCUAUGGGAACGACAAUUUUGCUAAUGACAUUGAGUAUAUGACUGGUAGUAGGCCAAACGCAUUUUGGCUCAUCUGCUGGAAAUAUAUUUCGCCUCUUGCCCUUAUUAUUGUCUUCAUUGCCACCUGCGUGAAAUUAUCGAGAAACGCACCGACGUAUGCCGCAUUUGUUGGAUGCACAGAGGCUCCGUUCUCGCCAUUGCAUCCUGGAAGUGAAACAUGGCUGGCUUCUUUCGAAUAUCCAUCGUGGGGAAAACUCUUGAUUGUUGUUGUUAUUCUGGCGUCGAUUCUCCCAACACUCAUUUUCAUCGUUAUCAAGUGGCCGAAAAAUUCCCUUCAAGCUUUCAAACGCACUUUUGCUUCUGGUAUUGCAAACUACUUACCGGAUCCAUCUUGGAAAGACCCUUCAAGAAGAAAAUCGCCUGCGCAGAUGGAGCUAGAAAUUCUCGCCAAAAAGAAAGGGUUAGCUGCCUCUGGUGAUGGCAAAUCAAAAGUUCUUUAACUUUUUCUCUUUACUGUAAUCCUGAGACACAUUUUUCAUCGUCGAUAGCAGCAGUUAUUCAUGCUCUUUGGAACAAACUCAUUUAGAUACAUCUUUUUUCGAUAGAUCUCCCGUACUUAAGGACCAUGUAACAUAAAGAAAUAUUGUACUUAAUCUAAGCUCCGUUUUGGGCAUGUUGUAUUUAUCGUUUAAAGGGCCUAUUUUCACUAUUUUGCUUUUGUCUUCACCUGCCGUUCAGCAAAAAUUAGUCAGUCAGUUGAACUUUUACCCUACUAUCCUUGUAUGUUUUUCAUGCUCGCAAACAUGAAAGCUUUUGCAAGACCUAAAAUUCCAUAAGCUUGCUCCGGGGAAUAGUACGAUGUGAUGCAUGGAUCUUUUAAAAGUGCGCUGAGAUAUCCGUUUCUUGUGGUUUGCUGCAUUGUGGUUUGCUGCUGUGCUUCACGUCAUUCGUAAGCAAUUCCGAAGCACCUGUUAAGGGUUUUCAUGCAGCCGCAAACCCUUUGUUUGAAGCAUUACAUUUUUUGAUUUAUGACGAAUAGAAAGGAAAUGAAAAAUAAUCGAACAAGCAGAUUUAUAGAUGGCUCUAAACAUAAAAAAUAUUAAUUCGAUUUAACAGCGGCGCAUCUUUAUAAUGUGAAUUGGCUCUUCCAAACUUUUUAUUUCGCUGUUUUUUGCUGAUAUUGAGGGAUUUAUUUAUAGCUGUGGUAAAAUUUAUAUACUUGUUUUGUAUUUAACGGCUUGAUAUUUUAACUACCAUUUGUAUUUUUAGGUUAUGCUUUUCUUAUAUUGAAAAAUACUUCGAGAAAUAAAGUAAACUGAUGUAAAAUUUUGUUGCAAAUGUAAUUUGAAAUUAAAAUCUGAAUUUAUAUUUUGCAUUUUGUCA